AUGGAGGCGCCGGGGCAGCAGCGCCGCGCUCUCUACAAGGGGCCCGCAGCCCCGCCCUGGAAGGAGACCUACCGCCGGCGCUGUGUGGAGAGACUUAAAAACAGUCGUGCCAAGCUGCUGGAUCGAUAUCGCCAGGCUGGGGAGAAUGUGCAUUGCAAUGCCAGGGGUGCUCUGGUGCAGGAAGUGAUGGAGGAGGAGUGGCAGGCCUUGCAGGCGCUGUCUCAGGUGUGGGAGGACCCUGAUGAACAAGCAGUACUGGAGGAAAUCCAGCAAGAGUUGAUUUUGCAAGAGCAGUUGACCAUACAAGAGUAUGAACGGAGUCUACAGUUUGACCAGGAGUGCUUCAAUGCAAUCCUUGACGGCUUGGACACAGGCAGCAAGAUUACCUGUCCAGUGUGUAAAAGGAAUCAUCUGACUGUGACAAGUCACUUGGUUUUAUGCCAGUGUGGAUUAUACAUCAGCACACAGGGUAUGACAGAACAGAAGCUCCGGUCACUUCUAGAAGACAGUGUAACAGAACAUGGUCAUCAGUGUCUUCACAAUCCUGAGUUCUCCAUCACUAGUGGAAUGGACGGAGAAGCCAAUCUUUUCAUGAGCUGUCCGGUCUGUGACUCUUGGACAGUCCUCCUAUAACUACAGCGCUGCUGGGAUUUCUGUAUGGAAAGAAUGCACUAGUAGGAUUCUUCCUUCAGCCUCUAAGCAACUCAGAUGGCAUCCUGUACAUGCUUUUUAUAUUUAAUUGUAAUGGUUUUGUACUUUAAUACUGGGUAUCAAGCAAUAUUGACUUAAACUGCACUUUGAUAGCUAAAUAAAUAUUUCAGAUAAGCAGCUGUUUGUAA